AUGGAUUACCAGAACCGAGCAGGCUCCAAAUUCGGCGGCGGCGGCGUCGCCUCCAAAUCCGCCACCAAUGCCGACCGACGCGAGCGGCUGCGCAAGCUCGCAAUGGAAACAAUGGAUGUCGAAAAGGAUCCCUAUAUCUUCAAGAACCACCUGGGAACAUUCGAGUGCCGACUCUGCUUGACAGUACACCAGAACGACGGCUCCUACCUCGCCCACACGCAGGGCCGCAAGCACCAAACGAACCUUGCACGACGAGCGGCGCGCGAGGCGCGCGAAGGAAAGAACCAAGACCAAUCGUCUAUGCCCGGCGUCGCGGGCGUGCAAGUCAAGAAGCAGCUGAUCAAGAUCGGCCGGCCGGGAUACAAAAUCACCAAGAUCUUGGACCCUCUGACACGCCAGCAGGGCUUGUUGUUCCAGCUGCAGUUCCAGGAGAUCACCCCGGGUGUUACGCCUCGUGUGCGCUUCAUGUCGGCUUUCGAGCAGCAGGUUGAGACUCCCGAUAAUAAGUACCAAUACUUGGUUGUUGCGGCGGAGCCUUACCAGACUUGUGCGUUUAAGUUGCAGGCUAGGGAAAUCGAUCGUCGGGAUGAACGCUACUGGACUUGGUUUGAUGAGGAUAGUAAAGAGUUCUGGAUCCAGAUUAUGUUCAAGACUGAGCGGGAAGAGAUGUUCAGUGGUGUGCCUGGUCUGGCGCCCAUGCAGACUUGA